AUGCCUCGGAUUCGCAAAAAGCCGAGUAAGCGCGGUUCUACUAACCAACGCGAGAAGAUCAAGCACAAGGCCGCCGAGACGAGAAAGAAGAGGAAGAAGGACGCGAAGAAAAUCACUCAGUGGAAAACAAAACAUCCAAAGGACCUUGGAAUCCCGAACAACUUCCCGUACAAGGACCAGAUCCUUGCGGAGGUUGCGGAAGAGCGGAGACGGGCUGUGGAAGAGAAGGAGCGUCGGAAAGCAGAGAAGAAGUCUGCAAAGGCGAAGAUUUCCUCUGAGAACGGGUCUGACGCCGAGUCUGAGGUAGCCUUCGACGGAGUGAGCGCAGUGACCGGAGGGGCGACAAAAACUUCCAGCGGAAAGGAGAAGGCCUUGCAAGUUGACGCGAAAGAUGUCGAAGAAGACGUCCCCGUCCUCAUCAACAGAGACCUGUCUGACCUGAAGACCGUGCUCGAUAUUGCGGACGUCGUCAUUCAGGUGCUGGAUGCUCGAGAUCCGCUGCCUUAUAGGAGCACACACAUUGAGGAAAUAGCGGGAGAGAAGAAGAUGCUACUUGUGCUCAACAAAGUCGAUGCCUGCCCUCGGGAGGCGAUCGUAUCUUGGGUUGCUACUCUCCGUGGCCAAUGCCCUACUGUACUCUUCCGCUCUGCCUCGGCAUUUCUCCCCAAGGCAGUGGAACCAUCGAGCAGAGGAAAGGCCAAGGAUCCCGUGGACGAUGCAUGGGGUGUCGACGCUAUCCUCAGCUGUCUAGGAUCGUGGGCGCAGCAAAAACAAGAUGAAAAACCUCUCGUGGUCGCGGUCGUUGGAGUCGCGAAUGUGGGUAAAAGCUCAGUUAUUAAUUCCCUACUAAAGAGGGCGGCUUUGGUUAUAUACACUGUAAAUUCGACUGCACUGGAAGGAUCGACCACAACGACGCAUCCUCAAGAAGUGGAGAUCGAGUUUGAAGGAAAACAAAUUCGACUCAUUGACACUCCAGGAGUAUCAUGGCAUCCUGUACCAGACGAUAGUCGGGAGACAACUGAAAAGAUUCGUGCGCAGGACAUCUUGGUAAGGAGCAGGGGCAGGAUUGAACGUUUGAAAAAUCCUGUGCCAGUCGUCGCUGCAAUUGUUUCUCGUUCCGAUCGCGAAGACAUUAUGCUAUUUUACAACCUUCCGGCUUUUGCAGACAGAGACACAAAUGCCUUCCUAUCAGGUGUUGCUCGUUCAAACGGGCUAAUCAAGAAGGGUGGUGUCCUCGAUCUCUCGGGUGCUUCUCGCAUUGUCUUGCGAGACUGGAGCACCGGCAAGUUCCUUCGAUACACGAUGCCUGCUUCUCCGGCUCCUACAUCCGCUUCCGAUACUGCGCCUGCGGAGGUGUACGCGAAAGACGAGGAGGUUGUGUCCAGGCUAUUCACACUGAAAGAGAUGCGCAGAGCAGGGGGUGCGAUCAAGAUGACAGCGGGCCCAGUGGAGACACGAAAGGUUGUCCUGGAUGCAUCCUGGAUGGUCUCUGACGAUGAGGAUGGUAAUGAAGGUGACGAGGAGGAAGACGAAGAUGAAUUGGACGAAGAUGUAUCUGGAGGUGUUGACGAAGAGGAUGAAGACCAGGAGAGCGGUGGUGGAGAUGUUGACGAGGACGAAGAUGAAGACUCGGAUGACGCACCGGUGCGCCCGAGCGGCAAGCGGAAACGAGGUGUCACCAAGAUCUCAACACCUCCACCUCGACCACUGAAAAAAGUGGCUUUCUCUGCGGAACCCAAGGGGACCAAGCAGGCUCGUGCAGCAGCGGGUGCGAAAGGUUCACGAACCACUACGCUGGAGGCUCGAUCGAAAUCUGCCGAGGAUAAACCCGUCGUGAAAUCCAAGGCCGCCGUCGCCGUGGACAAGGCAAGCAAAACGAAACACGCCAUGAAAAAGACUGCUCGUCAUGCUGUAUCACAGAAGGUAGCAAAUUCCUCAUCCAAAAACACGGCACCUCGCGAGGGCGAGGAGGUGUAUGAUUUCAAGAAGUUCUUCUGA